UUAAAAAAUAUUAUUGGAGAUGGUCUUAUGUCGUAUUUUUUUUUUUAAUUUUUUGUUUAUUGAAUUUAUUUAUGUUAAAAAUGAUUUAUUUGUUGAGAAUAUUGUACUAUAUACCAUAAAAAUGGUAUAUAAAACCUUAAAUAGUGAAAGAGUGCUGUACUAUAGACAAGAAAAAAGCCUCUCUCUUCUUAUCUCCAAUUUUUUUUUAUGGAUAGAUAACAUUUCUACCAAAAUCUUCAUCUUCUUCAUUUUCACAAACACUAAACACAACAGAGAGAGAGAGAGAGAGAGCUCUUUUUUUUCAACAAUGGCGACCUGUACUACAAUCACAACAACAACAACAUCUUCUUCGCUCGUGCUAUCAUACGCCACCUCUUCUGUACACCCACAAGAUAUCAGCAUCAACAUCCACUCUUCUCUUCUCUCCUUCAAACCAAAACCCCUUUCAAGAACUUUUUCUCUCUACCCACUUGUUCUGAGGCGUAGAGAGAGAAAACCAUGUAAAUUCGUUGAUGGGUAUUUGAGGAGAGACUCCAACAACUCAUCUGGGCAUUACCCACUUGUGGCUGUUUCCGCUGUGGCUGCUGAGGCUGAGGUGGCUGAGGCGGUGGAAGAGAAGGAAGAAGGAGCUGCUGGGUCGGCUGCUGUUACUGCUCCUAAGAAACCCAAAAAGGGAAAAGCUGCUUUGCUUUUGAAGAGGGAUAGAACAAGGUCUAAGAGAUUCUUGGAAAUUCAAAAGUUGAGGGAAAUUAAACAAGAGUAUGAUGUGAAGACAGCAAUUUCUUUGAUGAAGCAAAUGGCAAGUUCGAAAUUCACAGAAACAGCUGAAGCGCAUUUCCGCCUUAACAUUGACCCGAAAUAUAAUGAUCAACAGCUAAGGGCAACUGUAAAUCUUCCUAAGGGAACUGGACAGACUGUCAAAGUGGCUGUUCUUACUCAAGGAGAAAGAUUCGAUGAAGCAAAGAACGCUGGAGCUGAUUUGGUGGGUGGAGAAGAUUUGAUAGAGCAGAUUAAGGGUGGAUUUAUGGAGUUUGAUAAGUUGAUUGCUUCACCAGAUAUGAUGCCUAAGGUGGCUAGCCUGGGAAAAAUUCUUGGACCAAGAGGGCUCAUGCCGAAUCCCAAAGCUGGCACAGUGACCCCUAAUAUCCCUCAGGCUAUUGCAGAAUUCAAGCAAGGAAAGGUUGAAUUCAGAGCGGACAAAACCGGGAUAGUUCAUUUGCCUUUUGGAAAGAUUGACUUUUCCGAGGAAGAUCUUAUUAUAAACUUGCUUGCUGCAAUAAAAUCGGUAGAAACAAAUAAACCAUCAGGAGCCAAAGGUGUUUACUGGAAGAGUGCAUUUGUAUGCUCAUCAAUGGGGCCUUCAAUUCGGUUAAACAUAAAGGAGAUGUUGGAUUACAAGCCUUCAUCAGAUGAAUGAAUGAAGAGAACAAAACCUGUAAAUGUUGGCCUUCAAUUUGUUUAUUAAGCCUCGUAAGGUUGGUUUGCUCGUCUCGCCAAGGAUCAUGCCGAUAUUAGUAGACAAGGAAAAACAAAAACAUGGUAGAAGGGUAACUAGGAUGACAGUGGAGAAGAAGACCUUAAAUUUUUGUAUUUUGAUUUGAAGAAUUUACAGAGAAUGGUCUUCCACAGCAUGAGAAAUGCCCCUGUAUUACUUUCUUUUUUAGUUUAUUAUUAUUAUCUAUCUAUUUUACUUUUAUUUUAUCAGUCAGUUUUUUCUGUUAUAGGCUUUAUCAAAACCUCAUGAUGGCAUUGGUGGGUGUGUAGUGAAUUUCUGACCUUUUUUUUUUUAAUUUAUUUCUUGAGUUUAAAAA